AUCUACUUAAGACUUCCGUCUGAUACAGUGUAGUCUCGCAUGUUCGUAAGCUGACCUAGUGCGGAAAGAUCUCUUCUGCUGAAUUGUAACGACCAAACAGAAAUCCUGUAUAGGAGCAACAUAUACGUUUCAAUUCUUUCUGUUUUCUUAGUACCAAAUGGCUAACAUUGACACGGACGGAAGUUGACGUGGAACUAAGACACGUCCGUCGGUUCGACUAGGAACAGGGGCAUUUUGAAAUGUUUUCUUUCGUAGCAUGAUAUAGCUAAACGUUAGUUAACAUUAUGUUGGAAACGCGAUGUGGGAAUAAUUGAAAUAACAGCUAGUUAAGGGCUCUUUGCUUGGUAACUAGAUGGUAGCAUUAGCGCAACAGUACUACCAAUAUAGGCAACUCGCUCUAGCUAAAUUAACUAGCUAUCGUUAGCUAGCUGUUUUGACAAAGUUUCGAGGGGACAUUGACAGUUCCGUUUCGCUAUCUCAUUUGCGACAGUCUGCAAAGUAUGUAGGUUUUAGUCAAGUAACAGUAGCUUGACAAAUAAAAUGGCGGGGUUAUUGUCACCGGUGUUUAUUGUUUAAACGGUAACUUAAACUAGUUUAACCAGUUAGUUUAGUCUAGCUAUGUUAGUUUGAUUGCCGUCUAGCAUACGCGGCUUAAUUCAGGGGAAAUCUAGAUCAACGUAAUUUACCUGCUACAGUCAAGGUACGAGUCAUACCUACGGGUUGAAGCCAUAUAUAUGGCGUGUUCUGUGGCUUCUCGUUAAUGCACAAAGUAUUUGGUCGUCUACAUACAAAUUACUUAAAUGUGAGGUAGCAUGCGGUUUUUUCAAGCCUAUAAGAGGUUAAUGGAUCAGUAUUGUCUUGUCAAGAAGAUAGCUGGCGAAGGUCCUCGUGAUUUGUCUUUCAUAUAAGCCUCUAAGCGGCUUUUGCGAGUCAGUUUCUGUUUUUUUAAAGUCUCAGUUAAAUGAGAAAAUGUCUCCCAUUCCAAUCCUCCCGCUUCUGAUCAACUUCUGCAUGUCGGCCCUGGGAUGUGCAGCCACGAUUAAACUCAUUCCUGCCUUCAAAGACCAUUUUAUUUCGGCCCGAUUGUAUGGCAAGGAUCUGAACAAAACCGAUAAGAAGGAGAUUCCAGAGUCUCAGGGUGUGAUCUGUGGCACAGUUUUCCUCAUCAUCCUCUUCUGCUUCAUCCCUGUACCUUUUCUCAGCUGCUUCGUGGGGGAGCAGUGCAAGGGCUUCCCGCAUGAUGAGUUUGUGCAGCUGAUUGGCGCACUGCUGGCCAUUUGUUGUAUGAUCUUCCUGGGCUUUGCUGAUGAUGUACUGAACUUGCGCUGGCGCCACAAGCUGCUGCUCCCCACCGUGGCCUCCCUGCCUCUGCUGAUGGUCUACUUCACAAACUUUGGUAACACUGUCAUUGUGGUGCCCAAGCCCUUCCGAAUCUUACUUGGAAUGCACCUUGAUAUGGGGAUCCUCUACUAUGUUUACAUGGGCAUGCUAGCAGUGUUCUGCACCAAUGCCAUCAACAUCUUGGCGGGCAUCAAUGGCAUCGAAUCUGGACAGGCUCUCUUCAUCUCUGGCUCCAUCAUAAUCUUCAACGUGCUGGAGCUGAAUGGAGACUUCCGAGAUGACCACGUUUUUUCCCUGUACUUCAUGAUCCCAUUCUUCUUUACCACUUUAGCGCUCUUCUACCACAACUGGUACCCCUCUGCAGUGUUUGUGGGUGACACAUUCUGCUACUUUGCGGGUAUGACCUUUGCUGUGGUGGGGAUUCUGGGACACUUCAGCAAGACCAUGCUGCUCUUCUUCAUCCCCCAGGUGCUCAACUUCUUGUACUCGCUCCCUCAGCUCUUCCACGUGGUGCCCUGCCCCCGACACCGCUUGCCCAGACUGAACCCUGAAACAGGGAAGCUGGGGAUGAGCUACUCGAAGUUCAAAAGUAAAGAUCUUUCCAAAUUGGGAAACCUCAUUUUGAAGGUGGCAGAGUCACUGUGGCUCGUGGAGGUGCGAAGGGGCCACGAAGGAGAUGGUGAGUUUGUGGAGUGCAACAACAUGACCCUCAUCAAUUUUGUGCUGAAGAUUCUGGGACCAACGCAUGAGCGGAACCUCACCACCAUCAUGCUUCUAAUACAGAUGCUGGGGAGCAUUGUGGCAUUUGGGAUCCGCUAUCAUCUGGUGCGCCUCUUCUAUGACGUCUAGAUGCCGACAGCGAUAAGAAUGCCAAAAAGACUGAAGGGAUGAUCAUUCUCAAAUUAUUUCUUUUACUUAAAAAAAAAAAAAAAAAAAGAAUAUUCUGUUAAUUAACUGUGAAACUAUGAAUCUCAAUUGUUACUGUCUGCAGCAUCUGUGUCCCACAUACAAUUCAACAGAAGAAAUAUGAACAUCAGUUUUCUUAACAUUUCUACCUUCAUCAUAUUGAUACCAUGAAUCCACUUUUUAGAAGACUGGAUGCUGGAACUGUUUAAAUCUUCCCUUGCCCAAACAAGAUUGUACUGAGGGACACAGAUUUAUGUCUGGAGGGCUCUGAAAUGUUUAAGAAUUAAGAAGAGAACGGUUUACUUGUGAAAUAAUUAUCAUGCUACCUAAACAUGCUGCCUGAAGGAUACUUUUUGACAACAGAGUGGUGUAAUUCCAAUGUGCAAAUAGAUGUUGCACAGUAAAGUUCUGUCUGUAAGUUACAACAGGUCAGUAAGGAAAUCUGUUUUUGGAAUGUGUUCUUAAACUGUUUGUAGGAAGGGAGAUUUUUUGAAAGUGAUUUCUGUUGUAUGCAAGUCUGUCAAGUGGGAUCUGAUGGAUGAAAUCAGUAGUCUCUAAGUGGUGGCAGGACACUGUUACCUAGCAGUUAAGAGAGCAUUGCAGUUCAGCGCGCUAGAAGAAACUAAAGGAAGCAAAACACUGAUAUGCAAAUUAUUCCAAGGAGGAUGUCAGAUUCACUCUUCUAAUUAAUGAUACAAUAUUGCAAGUGUGGGGUGGGGUCAGAUUGUUUUGUGGCAAAGAAGAACAGAAACACAAAUUUAAAAAUCAAAGUACUUAUGUCAUGCACAUACAUUGUAUAUUUUCAGACUAAAUUAAAGACCGGUAAUAUGCUG